UACAUUUUCUCUAAUAGAUAAAGAGUAGUAUAAUCUAAGGUUGCAGGUAAUAUGCAUAAAAUCACAGUUAUAAUUAUAUGUCAUAACAGAACAUAGCGAAAACUUAAGUAAGAAACUUGUAAAUUUAAAUAUAGAUAGUGUUUUAGUAGUUUUUUUUUUUCUUUAUAGUAAAUCAGUAUUGAAUUCAAACUGAGAGCGCGUGAGUUAAUCACUGGAUAGCCCCCUCCCUUUGUCAGUAAGUUGACCAAGCAGACCUUUCUCUGUCGGCGAGCAGUGACACAGUGACCGCGUGCCACUCGACGGUUUGGAGGUCUCAAGCCAUGCACCACUACACAGUUAUAGUGCCGGUAGUGGUUGUAACAUGCCAUCUUGCUUUCGCGGAUGCGAUGACUGUUUCACCGUCAUCGUCAACCUCCGAGCGCCGCGCCGAUACUGAUCUAAGCUUCGCAGAAAACGUUUACGUCAAACUAUCUGAUACAUGUAGAGCAAUCAUGGAUCUACGUUAUAAUUCACUGACCAAUCAACCUAAUCUUAUCAAAACUAUGAAAAUAAUCCACUUAGAUGGCAAUACUGUUCAUUCAUUUGCCAUUGAUAUGGCUUUCGAAGCAUUGACCCGGCCCAAAAUGUUUGAUAUAUCCAAACAAACAAAGAUUGUUAUCCAUGGAUAUAAAGACAACUCGCAAUCGGCGAUACCACUAGAUUUAGCACAAGCCUAUAACGAAAAGAAAAUAUUCAAUGUACUAAUGGUGGAUGCGGAAGAAAUGUUAAAUAAAUGGUAUAUUUUGUCCGUUUAUAAUGCCCGGCUUGUAGGUAAAAGGCUUGCCAAUCUCUUAGCAAAUUUGGAACAUUUCGGGGCUAAUGCUGAUGACUUUCAUCUGCUGGGCAUUAGUCUCGGUGCACACAUUGCGGGCUGGACCGGCAAAUACUUUAGACUAUAUAAAUCUCGUUCUGUCGGCCGAAUAACUGGAUUGGACCCUGCCGGUCCUUGUUUUUCAUACGCUUUUAGUGAUCAAAGACUGGAUAAAAUGGAUGCAAGUUACGUGGAUAUAAUACAUUCAAAUAGAUUAAUCCAAGGAGUUAUUGAAUCAUUAGGGCAUGCAGAUUUUUACAUUAAUGGUGGCGGACCAAAUCAACCAGGAUGUUUUAUGCCAACCUGCAGCCAUUUAAGAGCAGCACAAGUAUAUACUGAAAGUAUUAGAAAUCCAAAAUUAUUUAUAGGUGUAAAGUGUGACAGUUAUAAAGAUUUUUUGGAAAACACGUGUGUAAAAGAUGAAUAUGCAAUACUGGGAUAUGGGUCAUCGUUAGCAAAUCGAGGCUUGUACUAUUUAAGGACUACAGGAACAUCUCCAUACGGGCUCGGUAUGGCAGGUACAAAGUCAAUAGAGCCAAGUGUUGACAGCUGGUUACGGACACUAAACAUGUGAUUAUACUAUAAUAUUUAUAUGAUUUUAUGAAUUUUGUAUU